AUGGGGUCACACUGGGGCCAGGAUGUGGGACUGGUGGCACCAGCACAAGCUGACCGCAACUGGACCCAGUGCCACCAACUGGACCUGGUGUCACCAACCAGACCCAGUGCCACCAACCGGACCUGGUGUCACCAACUGGACCUGGUGUCACCAACUGGACCUGGUGUCACCAACCGGACCUGGUGGCACCAGCACAACCUGACAGCAACCAGACCCAGUGCCACCAACUGGACUUGGUGUCACCAACCGGACCCAGUGUCACCAGCGGGACCUGGUGUUACCAACCAACCAUGGUGGCACUGGCACAACCUGACAGCAACCAGACCCAGUGCCAUCAACCGGACCUGGUGUCACCAACCGGACCUGGUGUCACCAACCAGACCUGGUGGCAUCAGCACAACCUGUCAGCAACUGGACCCAGUGCCACCAACCGGAACCGGUGUCACCAGCACAACCUGUCACCAACCGGACCCGGUGUCACCAACCGGACCCAGUGUCACCAACCGAACCCAGUGCCACCAACCGGACCUGGUGUCACCAGCACAACCUGUCAGCAACCGGACCCAGUGUCACCAACCGGACCUGGUGUCACCACCCAGACCCAUUGUCACCAGCACAAGCAGUGACCAUAGCCGGUGUCACCCACAGAUCAAGCUGUCACAGCACAGACAGAAGCCACUGUCACCAAUGGGUGCUGUGGCCACCCUCACGCCUCCUCCUGGCCAAUAAAAGCCCCCUGUGCUCAUUA